AUGCCCGUCAUGGAGAUCCGCGCAGCUCCCGCCACCCCUGGACCCGCUGCGUCCAUCACAUCGAACCCGUCCACUCCCUCCAUCUCGCCCACGAAAGAGGAAAUUGCAUCGCCAGCCGAAAAGGGCACAGGCUCGGGUCCUCUGAGGCGCAAGCGAACGGGCUCCAAGAAGGACAGCGAGAAGGCUGCUCCCUUCGGCCUGAGCGUCUCGGAGACCAGCAUGGACCAAAGUCCCAGCCGAGACAGCGGGUCCCACGCCGUCACGCCCACAAGCAGCCCAAUGAGUCCCACAGCCACGCUCGAGAAGAAGAAGAGCAGGACGCUGUUCAGCCUCGGCAAAAAGGGCAAGAAGAAAGAGGACAAGAAGGACGAAACUCUCGAGAAGGAGGACAAGAAGAACGAGGUCGAUGAGGAGCUGCAGCAGGCCCACCACAAAGACAAGGAACAUCACAGCAAGGAGAAAGAACACCAUCACAACAAGGAGAAGGAGAAGGAGAAGGAGAGCAAGGAGAAAGAGGAAGACAAGGAGGCGCGAAAGCGGUCUGGAAGCUUCCGCGGCUGGGUCACCCGCAAGGGACGAAAGGGCGACAAGGACGACGAGGACGGCGGAGACACGAAGGAGCAGGGCAAGGAGAGCGAAAACGAAGACGAGCCGGGCGAGUCGGGCGAAGUGGGCGCCGACUGGCGCGCGAUCAUGGCCACCAAGCGGUCGGUGCUGAUCAUUUUGGACAACCUCACCGACGAAACCAUCAUGAGGAGGGGAGCGGGUAAGCUCAGCUCAGGAAACUGGGGUCGAUACCCUCCCGCGAUCGUGCCUCCGCAUGGGGUGGUCGAUUUUGGCGCUUACGGAACGACGCUCAAGGGCACGAAGGGGAGAUGUAUAUACACCAUCGACGGCUACGACAGCACUUUCAUUUUCCAGUGGAGCAACUCCAAGGUGGGCACUCCGGAAGUGCGCUGCGUUCAGAACCCGAAAGAGUUCAAGGUGGAGGCGAGGGGCAGGAUAGAAAAGAGCGCCGAGGUCACGUUUUCGAUCUUCUUGGCCUCCGGCCCCAAGCCCAAGCGAACCGAGGACCCACCCGCCGAUGGCAACCACCCCACGCCCAACGGCGCCUCCCUGGCCCACGGCGCUCCGCCCUCCUUCCCCGUUUUUGACAACCUGCUGGACGACGCUGAGGUGCAAGCGGUUGAGACGUUUGUGCUGUCGCAAACGAAUGCGUCGUUUGGGUCGAGCCCGAGAGAGGGCAACACGCCGGCCCCCACGCCGCCCACCAGCGACGGGUUCCCCAACAUGGCCACGGGCAGCCAUUUCGAUCAGUCAUCCGAGGGCACCCACCAGCCGUUUGCCGGAAGCGGUCGCGCCCAUCAACCCGUCAACCCCUUCCUCGACCCUUCGAACCCGUUCGCCCAACCUGCCGCCUCCGCCGCGACGCCGGACUGGACCGCUGAAGCCGAUGACGACGAUUGGGGCGAGGAUGAACAGCCCACCAGCCCUGCUCCCAAGCUCAAAUUCUCCAUCAAAUCCAAGGACGAGGUCGCGUCAGACGCCGACUCGACUCCGGCAGUCUUUAAGCUUUCGUCGCCGCCACCAGCGGCGUCGGGUAGCAAGCAAACGCGACGAAGGGGCGGCACGCCCAUCCAAGAGAGAAAGGAAGCGGGUGCUCCCGCUAGCGGUGGCGGCGGCGGCGGAGGUCUGGUGUUCCGGCAUACUGGACCCGAGAACAAGGGCGAAUCUACGACGCCCGUGACGGCCCGGGCUGCGCGACUGGUCCAGCGAAAGACGGGUCCCAGCGGCACCGGUUCCAAGCUCAAGCGGGACGGCCUGGGGGACAGCCGGGGCGCGGUAGCCAUUGAGCGGAAGGAGCCCGCCGACCAGCCACGCAACAGCGAAGCGACACAGAAGGACGUGCUCUUCGAAGUUGGGCGAAACGAUCCGCCGGCGGUUACCACCGCACCUACACCUGCGGCCACGCCUGUCGGCCAGGACAGCGCGGCCCUCAGUGCGGCCGCGCCUUCCGGCAUCUCACAGCAACAGUCCGCGCCCCUAUCCGCAGCCUCGCCCGCACCCGCCAUGUCCGCAGCUCAAGCGGAUUCCGUCAUCAGGCAAGCGUCGAACAUGAUGCUCACCUGCGGGACGCGCAUGCAGAGCGGACAGUUCCGCGAAGCCUUCCUCGAUGCCGAGAGCGCGCUCGACCUGCUGCGAUCGGUGCCGGACGUCAAUGCGGUGCUCAAGCCGCUCAAGAUCUGUAUUGACUACAAGCUGGCCAUUCUGCUCCUCAUGGAGAUCGACACCUUCAGCAAGUACCCACAGCAAACUCCAGAAGAGGCGACGGUGAUCAAACAGCGGGUGGCCGUGCUGGCCAAGCACCUGGCCACACUCCGCCUCACGCCACAACAUGCCGCCAUCGCCGUGCGCAUGGCGAUCUCCAAGAGCGUCGACGCUCACAACUACGGCGUAGCCAGCAGUCUGCUGCAGUUGGUCCUGAGUCGCAACCCGCCAGACGCCGCCAACCUGAACGAAAAGCUGCACCUCUGUAAACAGCAGGACGAAACGAACGCCAUGCCCACCAUCAACAACCCUUUCUGCUGUCAGGACUUGCAGACGCUGCGCCUGGUGGAGUCUACCGACCGGGUGUCGGCAUGCCCGGUGUGUGGUUCGCACUACGCCGCCUCGGCCGUGGGCGCGGGCGAUCGCUGCCCGCUGUGCUCGUUCGCCGCAGUUGUAAUUAGAUGA